UUGAGAGGGGACUUCGAUUGAACUGUGGGCUUUGAGCUCUGAAUUCCCAUGUGGGCCGUGAUUGCACGGAGCUGCUGGUAGCCAGCGGUGCAUUCCCACGGGAUUUUAUUUUGCAGGGUUCUUCAAUCGAAAGGGGAGCUGAGAGCUGACAAUUUCUCUGCUGCUCUGAUUCACAUGUGGGUUUUCCUGCUGCUUAGUGCACAUCUCUCCGGUUAACCCAGUAACGACGCCCGUUGGACCCACGAGGCAUUGGAAAGUGAAGAAAAAACCCGACACAUCAUCAUCUACAUACCUAUAAGUUUGUACAUAUCGAGUCGAGGAUAACUUUGUAAAUACAGUACGGAGCCGACUCAACUAUCUUCUACGAAUUUUAUUGUCUUCUCCGCCCAUUCAUGAAGCUUCUUAUCGGUCAGCAUCCAUGUACACAAUUUGCUGUGCGAAUCUGGAAAUCACAGUGAAUCAACGAAUGAAUCUCAAUGCAGUGCAAUAGCAAUAUAUCUGCGCUUGCGAGGACACCGAAAUAAGGAUAGUUCGUUUCGAGAUCUAGCGGAAUGCAAGGUGGCAACGGAAAUUCUCGUGUCAAAUGGGGUCCUUUAAUCACAUCUAUGCCCCCAGAUUCUCCGACUUUUGCACAGGAAUUUCAAGGAGGCGGCCACCUUUUUCUGAGUAGGGCAAAUGGGGCACCUGUGUCUUCACCGCAUCAGACUCCCUGGGAAGGACAGUCUCCUCGUGGAUGGAGAGGACAGUUCCCGCAGCACGGUGCAGGUCAAGAUGUUCAGUGGAGUACGCCACCUCCACCAGGAGUGGGCUCCAGGACUCUCUCUCACCGAGGGAUGAGAAAUGGACCGGUGCAGAAUAUCCAGGGAAUGUAUGGCUCGCCGCCACAGGGCCAUGUGAACGGUGGGGGAAGGAGGCUGAGUAAUUCGCCGAGCAACUUAGCAGCUUCACCUCAGCAAAAUGUUGAGCAUGGACUCGUCGGAUCUCAGGAGCGAGGCAGGCGUCCAAUUAUGUCCCCUGACAGCCCGUCCUUUCCAGUGUGGAGCGAUGUGCCUGGCAGGAAACGCAAUGGAGAACGGGACGACAAGUUUGGAUUGCCUGAGAGAGUGGCCACUCGUGUCUACAACGAUUUGUUGGCGGGCCGCAAAGGUGUCUCUACAGGAAAGGUUGCCCAGGCAACUCUGUCAGCGCUCGGAGUUCCAUCGUUUGAAUCGUUGGGUGUCAUGCCUAAUGAGAUUCCAUGUCUGCGAAAAUUGUCUCUGCUCGAAGGCAAGGUGAAUGCCUUCAUCCACUCUCACGUGGCGGGGAAGAAGAUAACCACUUUGUAUGAUCUGAGUGUUGACCUGACACGGGAUGAAGGAGUGAAAGAGUUCGAGGACUUAGGUCUAGGGCCACUUCUUUGCCACCCAUUAGUAGGCCACUACUUCACACCACCAGUCGGGGCAGAGGUCCACAAGAUCACCGCCGGAGAAGUGAUACAGCUUCUUAGUGACUACAUCGGAAAUCUGGGGAAGGACACUCGUGUUCAGAUUGACAAUUUUUUAAGUUUUAUACAAAAGGAGCGCUCUCUUCCAUCUCCUCAGCAUCUUUGUAUCAAGAUACAAAGUCUCGGGAUGCACAUUGGGUUCAUCCGUCGAGCAAAAAAGGCUGAGAAGGAACUCAUUAGCAUAUGGGAGAGUCGAGCACGAGCGGAGUUUGAUAAGAAGCAAAAACCUAGUGUCAUGGAAAGAGUGAAUUCAUUUCUUGCAGCUGAGAAGAAAAAGGCUGCGCUGGGUAAACGGAAGUUUCCCUUCAAUUCAGAUCCAGCGACGGGGUCUGAGGAUGAUCUGGAGGACGAUGAUCAGUUGGAAGGUUCUAACAAACGAGCUGUUAGAUUGCUACAGAAAACUAGUGCAGACAGAAGUAAGAAGAAGGACGAUGACGACAGUGUGCGUUUAUUUCCCAUGCCCUCUACCACCAAUUGUCCUUACCCUUCAGAAGCAGAGGAACGUGCACGACAGAAAAAGCAGGAUUUGCGACAGUUUGUUGCGAACUCCGAGCAGGAAGACUUUUACUUAUCGGGGAUGGAGCUUCAAGAGUUCGUUACCAUCCUGAAGGAUGCGUGCGAGAAUCGAUCUGUUCAUGAGGUGCUCAUGAAAAUGAUUGAGAUGUCUAGAAAAUUCAAAGGCACAAAGAAACGGAGCGGAAAGUCGAAAAUCUUCAAAGCCUACCCAGCUAUUGGUCUUCUUAAUGUUGCUGUUCUGUCAGUGAAAGCUGGCUACUGGGACAGCAUGUAUGACAACUUUCUAGACAUCGUGGACGACGGGAAGCAGCCUGUUAAGGAAGAAUUGCGCCCUGUUGACAUUGCAGCACCAAUUGACGUUUUUCCCGAUCCAAGAGAGAGCAGUCCUUGUCAAGUUUUAGAAGCUACAAGUCCUGAGCUAUUAGCAGCUUCCGUGUUGGAACAUUAUGAUCAGCAUUCGAAGAUGAGAAUAUCUGAAGAGAUGCUCGAGGCCGAAUCCAAACAGUCGCGAGCUUGGUGGACGUUCCUGCAUUGGACGUAUGAAUGUGAAAAAUGGUUAGCUGAAAAGCAUUCAGUCCCAUCCUUUGCAUCCUUGGGAUUUGGUAGUUUUCCUGAUUUCUUAGAGCAGAAUAUGGAGUUACUACCCCGCCAGAUUAUUUCUCUUCUUAGUGAUCAGUCUGUACAUUCCAAGGUCUCCGUCAAAGUGCCCGUGGAGCGUGUGUUUUCUUUUCUUACUCAAGCUCUUCCCUCUGUGAGUGAAAAUGGCUCGGUCGCCCAAGAUGAUCUGUUACGCUUACUUUGUAGACAGUUCAAAGUUGACAGUGUAGAGGAACUGGGUGCGAGCUCUGUAGAUAAUCUUCUCCAAAUAUACAAGGAACAGCAAUCUAGACUACUCUCUAAUAGUCACGUAUAUUUUCUGGCACCAUUGCUUGGAUCAUCUCUAAGUCAUGAGGUCAAAGAGGAGGGAUGUGGGGAGACACCUCGAAGUGUUGAAACUUUGGAAGCUGUCAGCGAGAGGAGAGUUGGUGUAUUGGGAAGUAUGACAAGUGCAGAUGCCGCUAGGUCUAUGCUGAAGGCACCUUUUCUCGCCGACCUCUCACAGUGGUCUCAAUGGGACCAAGUUUUUGCUCCUACUCUUGGCCCUCUGCUAGGUUGGUUCGAGAGAGAAGGUGUUAAGGCUGGGCUGCAUGCACUUGUAACGUGUGAAGGUGUUUUGCUACGCAUUGACGAGAAAGCCACAGUGAACAGCUUUCUUCUGGCGACUGUAAGUGGGCGUGGGGAUCAAAUGGCAGCAGUUCUUACGUCCCUUGUAGCUCUUUACGGAGGUACUACAACCACUCCUUCUGCUCUUUUAAGGUCUCACGCCAAUAAAGGGUUGGAGAUAUUCCUAGGAUCAUGUGCAGGGGAUAUGGCUGUUCAAUCGACAUUCAGGACCCCUGUGACGAGUGUGAAGCGGAAGUUUACGGAACAUGUGGAGGGUCAAACAGUGAAAUCCGCACAUCAUGACGCCGGUUUGAAGCUGAAGAGUUCUGCAAAUUUGAUGGUACCUGGCAGUCAUCCUAGCACAACUGCAGCCCGCUGUGUAGUAGAUUGCCUCCAUGGGAUCAUACCAGAGUUUCGUGUAUUCGCUGCAGAGAUAUUGCUACCUGCGCUUACACCACUAAUUCCUGGGUGCCCUGCCGCGCUACUCAGCAGCUGUGUCACUUCUCAACGUAGAUCCGUUCUUCAUUGUGUGGGCUUGGCGCUAGGUAUUCCAGAAUGGAUCAAUGAUUACAAUGUUUCUGUUAGUGGUCCUCCUCAGCUACCUCCAUCUGUUCAUGUCCAUACCAUAGAUUCAAUGGAUGUUGACGACUCUAGUGUAUCCAGCUCCAAGAAGGGAGUGAACGAUAAGCCUCUUUCCGGAAAUGAUACCAUGAUGGUUGUAUCAAACGGUGACAGGGUAAUGGGUUACGAGGAUGCGGAGAUGGUGACUGCCCAAUUAACUCACGCUGGCGAGUCAAGUUCUUAUCCAGAAAUGCCACAACACAAAGUUAGAAUCAAAGGGAGACAGAGUAGUACGAUGCAAGAUGAUAGCUCAAUUAGGAAUAUGCUUUCUGAGAAGGGCUCUAUGGAAUCAGAUGCAAAGAAGGUCGUUGAGGAAAUUCGCCGGACCGAAUUUGGGAUGGGUCAGGACAUUGGAGGCACAGAACGUGACCUACUUGCACGGCAGCAUGCAAGAAUGGGUCGAGCACUGCAUCGCCUGUCUAGUGAUCUUUACUCACAAGAUUCUCAUUUUGUCCUUGAGCUGGUUCAAAAUGCCGAUGACAAUUCUUAUGCUGCCGGUGUGGAGGCUGCGUUGGUUUUCCUGAUCCAAGAAGGACGAAUUGUGGUGCUGAACAACGAAGUCGGAUUUACAGCCGUGAACAUGAGGGCUCUCUGUGAUGUGGGGAAUUCAACGAAAGCAGGAACGAAGACUGGUUACAUUGGUCACAAAGGCAUUGGGUUCAAAUCUGUCUUUCGGGUUACCAACUCCCCAGAGAUACACUCCAAUGGUUUUCAUGUGAAGUUCGACAUAUCAGAGGGUGAUAUUGGGUUUAUUCUACCGACUAUUGUUCCUCACCCUCCUGGUUGCCAGUCUCUCGAUGAUAUAUUAGCCUUGAUGCCAAAGGUUAACGUUCCCAAGAGUGUAAGUGAAGGUUGGAAUACCCGUAUUGAUCUCCCAGUUAAAGCUGCCAUACAUAAAGGAGGUGGUAUGAAUCUACUUGCUUCAAAGUUCAGUGAUCUUCAUCCAUCGUUGCUGCUUUUCCUGCACCGGCUGAGAUGCAUAGCUGUACGGAACGAGAUGACCGGGUCGAUGGUGGUAAUGCAUCGUGAGGAUCUUGGUGAUGAUCUUGUUAAGGUGGUGCAUGAGAAAGGAACGGCUACCUGGAUGGUUGUGAGGCGUCAACUCAAGGCUACUGUUCACCGCCCUGGCAUCACAGGAACAGAGAUUGCUCUGGCUUUCCAGCUCCAUGAGGUCUCCGAAGGAAUCUACGAAGCUUGCAGUGAACAGCAGCAGGUGUUUGCCUUUCUUCCCCUCCGAGCAUAUGGACUUCGGUUCAUUGUGCAGGGUGACUUUAUCGUACCAUCUUCAAGGGAAGAGGUGGAUUGUGACAGCGAUUGGAAUCAGUGGUUGAGGACAGAAAUUCCUGAUGUGUUUAUUCAAUCAGCACAAUCGUUUCAGAAGUUGAUUUCUACAUCGGGGAAUCCAGGAAAGGCUAUUUCAAGCUUCAUGAGCUUUGUACCCAUGGAAGGGGAAGUCCUGGGGUUUUUCUCUCCUUUACCUCGAAUGAUAAUGUCCCGUUUGCGGGCCACAGCAUGCCUGCCGGUCGAAGGCGGAGGUUGGGCACUACCAUGUGUUUUGUUACGUGGGUGGAGUAUUCAAAUUCGCCAUUUACUUCCUGAUGCAUUCCUGAAAGAACAUCUGGGUCUUUGUUACUUAGAUAAUGAGGUGGUGCUUUCUGAUAUUUUAGCAUCCAAGUUGGGAGUGCAACCAUUUGGAGCUGGCACUUUGAUAGCUGUGAUGAGGUCUCUCUGCCACAAGAAAGGAGCUCUUUUGAGUUUGGGCCUCAACUGGGUUGAAGCCUGGCUUUCGGCGCUCCACGACUGCUUUGAGUCCGACCAGCUGUCACAUCACCCGGCGAUAUAUGAAGAUAAGUACAUCUCGUACCGUAUGGAGCUUCAAACUCUUCCGUUCAUCCCUUUAUCAAACGGUUCUUUCACUGCUCUUGCAGAUGGUCCUGUUUGGUUUGCUGGUGAAAUGUCUGAGGACGGGCUUGGAAUGAGCAGCUCCCUGAGCAGAUUUCUCUUGCUUUCAUCGGAACUCAGGACUGUGCACCCGAGUUUGCUCUCUGCUCACGUAGAUGACUCUGGUGAGACUAGGAAGCAGGGUUCAGACUCUUCUGUGGGAAAGGUCGUGAGCAUCCUUCAAAGGUUGGGUGUUAGCCGGAUUUCAUCCCACGAGGUGAUGAAAAGCCACAUCUUACCCGCGAUGGCAAGUGAGGACUGCAUGACAAAAGAACCCCGUCUUGUUGCUGAAUACUUGGGAUUCUUUAUGUCACACCUGGAGACUAGCUGCAUGACCUGCAGUACAGAAAGGUUCAAAAUUAAAGCGCAACUUCAAAAGUGUGCAGUCAUUUUAACCAGCCAUGGACUCAUUCGGGCAGGACAGCAGCCUAUACAUUUUGGUACUGUCAUGGGCAACCAGUUUGACAUGAGGAAGAUUUUGGAAGGUACUGGAGUGUCAUGGAUCGAAGUCAGUCCUCUUUACAUGCAGCUGCAAGCCAUCGAUCACGAAGCAGUAGCAAAGUGGCGUAGGUUUUUCAAGGAACUCGGUGUAACAGAUUUCGUGCAAGUCGUUGCCGUUGAGAAGAAGAUUGUGGACAAGAAGUCCAGCGAUUGGUGCGAGGUACCAUGGGAAGGUGAUUUUGGGUAUGAAGGGGCCUGGUUUGUUCAAGACUGGCAGAGCGCAGAAUUGACUCAGAUUCUGACAUACAGGCAAAGUUCAAAAGAAGAGCUCGAUUCAGGUUAUAAUGUGAGGGAACGUUGUGCUAGUGUUCUCAUCGCGCUCGACCGACUUUGGGAUGAUUAUUAUUAUCAGUUCUGCCAAGCAUUCUACAGGCCUGUGACUGCGAGUGAGUCACGGAGGAUGACUACAGUUUCAAGCUUCAAGUUGCAGCUCCAACAAUUCUCGUGGGCUAUGUCAAGUUUGGACGAAGAGUUGCAUCCACCAAAAAAACUCUUUCGAGUAUGCGAUGACGUUAGAAACAUUCUGGGUGCCCAUGCUCCCUAUGUCCUGCCUCCGAUUCAAAAUGACAAUUUUAUGGAUGCUCUUGGAUUGCGCACUCAAGUUUUGGUGGAAGAUGCCUUGCUUCUACUUCGUCGCUGGAGUGUUGGCAGUGGUCAGUUCAAAGCGAGUGUGGCUCAAAUGACCCGACUUUAUGUAUUUUUAUGGGAGAGCCUCCCAGCGCACAAAGAGAGCAUCUUAGAUGUUCUCCAGUCAGGAGCGUCAAUAUUUGUACCGCAACACUGGAACAGAGUUUAUGAAGAAGUGCAAAUAGGUACAUUUUAUCCAAUCGAAAGGGUUUGCUGGAGCGAUCCAACACACACUCUCAACCUUGUUACAUUCGAUCGAGAAACUACACUGCUGCUACCAGUAACACCUUUGUCCAGUAUUUAUCAUGGACUUCAUGAAUUCUUCGUAUUUGAGUGCCGUAUUCAAGAGAAACCGAAUUUUGAUGGAUAUCUUGAAGUCCUUCGAAAAGUAGCCGCCAAGCAACUUCCUUCAGCUGUACUCGACCAGGUUAUGGAGGUAUUUUACGUGUGGUCCAUGGAAAUCGCUGCGGGCAAAGUUGAUCCCAAAGAGUUAGUGAGGUGGAAAAGACGUCUGGAGGAAUUGGAGAGCUGUGUAUUCCCCACCAAUCAGGACAAAUGGGUGUCGCUCAACGCCCAGACAGGGCUCAUUUGUGUGUGCGAUGACGAAAACCUCGGAGACGAGUUCAAAGAUUCUAUGGGUUGUAUCAACUUCCUACUUCUGCGAGAUGUUGAUCUCCUGAAAGUAUGCGGCCGGAGCAGUGUUACUUUACAACCACUCGUGCAAGCCUUGUCUAUCCCAAAACUUUCUGAGGCCGUGGAAAGGGAAGUCAUCAAGUACGGAUCUCAUGACUGUGGGCGGAUCGAAGCCUUGAUCGGAUGGGUUCUUCCGUAUGCUCAACGAUAUUUGAGGCAUCACCACAUUGAGCACUACAAUUACCUCCAAAAUACUGGAAUAACUGAAUCCCUGAAGAGAAUCCAGUUUGUUGUUGUGGAUCAGCUUUACUUCCAGUAUUGCUUACGAAACAGUUCCAUACGAUCAAGCAGACGGACACCCAGUACUUGUCUCCUGCAGAUGCCUUCUCCAUCCACUACCACAUCAGUCGCCACAUUACACGUUGUGGAUGAUUUCGGCAAGGACUACUGCAAUAUAUACGUGGAGCUGUCACGUUUCUUUUUUAACGGAAAGUCUGAUCUUUCUGUAGCCAACUUCUUGCACCUCAUUACUCUAAUGGCUUCCUCAGGGUCGCCAGAACGAGACGUAGAAAACUUCAUCUCCAACAGACAAGGCAUUCAGCCGAUUCCAGAGGGCGAGGAUGUGUGGACGCUUGGCUUCAAAACCAGUGACAGUCCUCCUGAGGUGGAAAGAACAUCUGGUGGGUUAUACCUUGAAAGACAUGUUAAUCACCAGAAUCUGCGAAAGAAGGUUGUCAGGGGCCUGGUUUCAGAUGGAUGGCCUCCUCAUUCCUGGAAACCUGUACCUACAGAUGAAGGCGUAAGUCCAUCUCCUGAGAGGAUUGUGCGUGGUCCUUCUGAGGAGAACUCACCACCGGAAGUGGUGAGUUAUCCACCGGAUGUUAUGAAUGGUUAUUCUCCGAGGAACCAUGGUCCAUAUGUAGGCAGUCCAAGUCAGGGAGAUCCGAUGCUCGAGUAUGAGAAUGGAGGUGGUAUGCCGAAGAUGUCGAGUUACAGAGAAAAGCCUAUGUGGGAUGGUGUUCCUAGAAACUUGGGAGUUGAACGGGGAAGUGAUGCUGGGUUUGGUUAUGAAGCUCCACAGGCACCAAGCCAGCGUUGGCAAAGUUACCCAGAAGAGAAAUCGAUUUGCAGCAAGGCUUCAGGAACCAUGACAGGACAUUGGGACGUUCAUCGCCAUAAUCUUUCCCAAAUGCAGCCAGAUGCGGCGCCACUCAUUGACAACCGAAGUCUGCCUGUAGACGUGCAAGAAGUCAUUAUAGAUGGUUACGAUCCAAUGCUUUUCGAGAACGGUGUUAUGUCUGGCACCUUGCAGAAUUUCCAGGGAAGAGAUUAUCUUGCUAUGCAUCCACUGAACGAGCAGCAACGAGAGGUUACUGGUCGAUCAGGUGAAGCUCUUGUGUUCCAGUACCUUGCCAGAAACUACGGACCCAAUCAUGUGAAGUGGAUCAAUCAGGAAGGAGAGAGUGGAGCAGCGUACGACAUUGUGAUAUUAAAAGAAUCCGGGCAGCAGGAGUUUGUGGAGGUGAAGGCCACACGUUCAGGGGACAAGGACUGGUUUGAAAUCUCUCCCCGAGAGUGGGAUUUUGCAAGACAACAUGCUGAGUACUUUACUAUCAUGAGAGUGUUCUUUGGUCCUUCCAAUCAGCAAGUUAAGCUUCUGAGACUACCAAACCCAGUGAAGCUUGCCCAGGAUCACAUCAUUCAACUGGCCCUUUUGCUGCCUGCCACACAAGGAAACAAUAGCCUAGCUGAUGGUAAGCACCUUUCAGCUCCUCCAGAUGGUCUUCUUCUUCCCUUACAGCAUUGAUUGUAGACUCAUUAGACAACCUGGAUAUUGCUGCCAGCGCGAACCAGCUAGCUCCAUUGUGUCCUGGUGGAUUGAUAUAAAGCCUCCAAGCUCUUAGGUAGAUCAGUCCAUACGUGUUGCUAGAGUUCGGGUGGCAUUUUGCCCCAGCCUUGCACGGGGAGAGUCCAGCUUUGAUUCCCAGACAGGUCGACACUAAACGAGAAACCGCAAAGCCUCAACUGGGCAGGAGUUGGGAUUGAAACACACGUCUGAUCUCUUCACGUAGAAUUAACUGCUGAAAUUUCCACACAAGGUGAGUGCGGAGAAGCGUGUGAUAUUUAAGACAGAUUUUCAACUGCUCAUUCCAGGAUCAUGAACUGAGUUUUGGCAUUCAAGUUUACUCGGAUUAAUCAUGUCUCUACCGAAUGGCCAAGCAAAGUAGGCGCAGCAAUCUUGGCGACAGCCGAACCAGUUUGGAAUACAUUAGGUGUGGCCAUGAAAUGUAGUUUACACCUAGCAGGAGAAGCAAAGCAUUGUUCUUUCAACACAUUUAUGUACAUAUAUUUUAUCCUACAUCUCAACAAAAUAUAAAGAAGUGCCCG